AUCCGGAGUCCAGCAGCAGAAGCAGCAGUAGCGGCGGUGAGGAGGAGCAGCUCGCCGAGCCUGUGGAGCUCCAGCCCGGCUACAGCGGCGCGUACAGCCCCGGAGAGCAGCCGGAGGAACCGGAGGAGCCCAGUGAGUCCCCCCUGCUCUCAUACGGAUAAUAUAAGACCUUCUCUGCGCGGUGAAAUCGGUGGGAUGGUGUGUCUGUGGUCAGCGUGAGGAUGGGCUGCACCUCGGCGAAGCAGGUGUCGGCCGUGCCGAGUGAUGAAGAGGGCCGAGGCAAAGCUUACAGCAACGGAGACCUGUUCACAGAUGAAUACAGGAUGAAGGGAGUAGAGGAGGUGAAGUAUAUGCGUGGAGAAGAAGACAGAGUGAAUGCACGCAACCAGGAAAACUUGGAGAAGAGUUCAGCACAUAAAACCAAACUGCACAAGGAAGUCCCAGGAGCCAACGCCAACAGAGCCAAUAUUCAUACGUCAGAGAGUCAGCAGGAGUUCUUUAGAAUGCUGGAUGAGAAGAUUGAGAAGGGACGGGACUACUGUUCGGAGGAAGAGGACGUGACAUAGCAUAGUGGCCCCCCCGACCCCUGCAGAGAGAGGAAGAAAGAGGGGGAGAGAAUGUUCCCUUCCGUGGACGAGCGACGAGUGAACUCUAAUCAGUGUUUCGUCUGUAACUCUGUUCAGUCUGAGAGCGUGUGCGUGAGUGAGUGAGUGAGAAAGAGGGAUGUUUCCCUCGCGGACUGCAGCUCUGUGCCCCGCCCACUCUCCUCCUACUUCUUUCUACCAAGGAUAGAAAAAGAAAUGGAACGAUUGAUUGAUGCUUGAUUGACGAGUGACCGACCUGUUGACUCACUGCUGGAAAUCCGUCGGCAUUCACACACGCCUCCCUCUCUUCACACCUCUGCUGUGAACGACGAUCUUCCUGACGUCUUCUGAGAGAGAGAGCAGGAUGGAGCACGAAAGAGAAAGGAGGAAUUGCUGUUUGUGGAGGUGAAGGAGUGCAUGUGAGAGUGCGGAUGGAGGGAUUAGUAGAGGUGUGUGUAAUAUAAAGAUAAAGAAGAGAUAUUUUAAUAAGAGAGAUGCGUGGGCCAAAAAAUGCUCUGAACUUUUGCCUUUUGAAGGAAAUUUUUUAAUUUGUGAAAGUUUUUUUUUUUUUGUUUUUGUAUCUUUUUUUCCAUUUUUUGGCUGAUAUUAUAGCACAGUGCCCCCUUCAGACUAAAGAUCUAAAGGUCAGGGCUGCGGUGCCCCAUGCAGUGACCCUUAUAGGCCCUUCUCACAGACACACUAUUAAACAUUUGCGCAUAUUGCAUUAUACAAACACAUCAAAACUUGUAACUCUUGUUGUUUUUACAUUUGAACACUCUAGCAUUUCACAAUGGAGGGACAAAUAGGAAUUAUCCAGAUUUGCCUAUUAAUAAAAUAAAGAACAUGUAAUAAAUCAGUAGAUCAGUAAACUCUCUUCACAUUAACAGACAUUAAAGUUAAGAACAUUUUGUCCUUCUCCUGUAAACUACUGUGUUUUUAUGGCUGCAACAAUGUAAACUAAACCCAUACGGAGUUUUUACAUUCGCUAGCGUUCAAAAGUUUGGAAAAAUGAAAAAUGUUUGUUAUUUUUGUACAAUAACAACUUAAAAUGUGGAAUAACAUAUAGAAACCACUUUCCCAAAUGCAUUUUUAGAUGUUAAUUCAAUAUUAUUUAAUGAUUUCUGUGAACAAGAAGUGAAUUAAAUUGUAUAUAAUGUAGUGUAAUUAUCUAUUUACAGUUCUGUGCAAAAGUCAGAGACCACCCUUAUCUAGCAACCAACUUCUAAGAACUUGUUUACACAGCAGCUAAAAGUGGCUCGAAUCCGAUCUUUUUCUUCAUCUGUGAGUCUGUCCGCUUUCAUACGUGGUACUGAAAUCUGAUACGUAUCCGAAACACAGCAGUGCGACUCAGUCUGAACAGCCAGAUUGGAAUUCAUGUGACUUUUAUGUCAAUCCAACUUGACAUUCGUCAUAAUUUUGCGCUGCUGAGACUCCUAAACAUUUAGGCCAAUGUUUCUCUGCAAAAAUUUAGAGACUCGUCGAAACCUGUCUGUGUUCGUAGAGAUUUAGAAAGAAAGAACGUGGAUGGAGGAGAACGAGGCUGCAGCAUCAAAGAACAGUGAAAGGUCUGAAAGCAAAGUUUAAAAAAUCUGAGGACGCAAACCAAAGAAGUGACCACACCCUUUGUGUGCCGAGCUCGAACACAUUCUGGGUGAUGAGCCCAGCUGUCAGUCAGAGAAGCUUCAUGAUGGCUCCUCUGAUACUAGUGAAGAUUAAGCCGAUCCUCCAGAAAGCGACUGGGGUUCGUUGGCAGUUGUGAUUGUUUACCUCUGGAAGAGCCGCGUGAAGCUCUGUUCUUUUGCAUAUGUGGGUCAGUUUAGGAGCUGAUCUGUUCAGACCGAUGUCACGUACAGAUAAAAUUUAGAAGAUAAUGUGGACAGACAAACAAAAAGACAUCAGAUUUGGGCCACUUUUACCUGCUGUGUGAACCCCAACUUUGAAGGUAUAUCUGCUGAUUUCUGUAGAAAAUUGAAAGUGGGUCUCCUGAAACGAAUGGAAUGGACACAGUAAAUACAGAAAAAAAAUAUUUGUAUAGUUGAGGCUUCUGUGUAAAUUUCUGCUAAAUAACCCUGAAGUUAAAAAAAAUGAAUAACUUGUACUUAAUUGUGUUUUAACUUGAAAUGAAAUCAUUUAAGCAUGGUCUCUGCCUUUCAUACAGUACUGUAACAUAAGUUAUCUGCCUUGAAAUUGGAUCUCCACUUUUGAAACAUGAUGAAUUCUUCAAUUCUAGCUUAAUUCUUGAUGUUAAUUCUUGAUGAAUCAUCUAUAGCUCCUUCUAAAACUUUGUGUUUAUUUGAAACACAUGAAGCUGUGCCGGCUGAGCAUAUUAGAAUAAUUUUAUGCAUUAAUUUUAUACAAAAAAAAAACACUAAUUCCAAACUUUUGCACACUAGUGUAUAUGAACGUGUGGUCUGCGCUCCAAAGCCUAGGCUGCAGCCGAGGUGCUGUAUGUCCUCAGUAGGACUGUCCUAUGAAGACUCCUCCUUAGUAGCCUAUUGGUCACACAGAUGGAACAGUCGUAAUGGCUCUACAAGAAAGUUCACGCCUCUUGCAAUUGCGGCACGAAACCUGUGAGGGAACUGGUGGGAGAAAAUCGAGCCUGUUGCAUUGUGUUUGUUGCUAUGGUAGCUGAUACACUAACAAACUUAUGUAGUAUGUUAAACUACAUAGAUACAAAUACUUCUGAUUAAAAUACGAUAAAUGGAUGAAUACUUUAAUUAAUCACUCAUUUUACACGUUAUAAGGUAAUGACGACAAAUUAAAAGAUAUGAACAACUUGCAUUUUAAAACAAGCUGUGCUCCAAUGGCUUUGUUUUCUACUAUUUUCAUGGUGCCCAGAGAGCUGUGGGUAACUGAAGGCCUGGAAGGAUGCAUCAGUUUCUUGAAAUCAGUGUCCUUGAAAUCACUCUGAACGUAGCCUGCAUUUCUAGGCUUUUUACGAAGGGUCCUUCACUUUGGAACAGUCUACUUUGACGUAGCGGCCAAGAAAUGCAGCCUAGACUUUGGAAGGUAGAAAGUAGACUGCAUUUCUAGGCUUUUUACGAAGGGUCCUUCACUUUGGAACAGUCUUUUACGACAUAGCGGCCAAGAAAUGCAGCCUAGACUUUGGAACACAGACUGCAUUUGUAGGCUGUAUACGAAGGGUCCUUCACUUUGGAACAGUCAACUAUGACUUAGCGGCUAAGAAAUGCAGCCUGGGCUUUGGACGUAGAACGUAGACUGCAUUUCUAGGUUGUAUAUGAAGGGUCCUUCACUGUGGAUCAGUCUUCUACGAUAUAGCAGAAAUGCAGUCUGGGCUUUGGAACGUA